UCUGUGUUUACACGCGUGUAGUUUGCAUAACAAAGACGUAUUUGCUAAUUCGUCUUAGGCGAAAGAAAACUCGAGAGUGAAUUAUGGCGGAACAAAUUCAAGAAGAAGAAGAAGAAGAAGUGAUUCUGUUAACCAGCGAUGAGAUUGUCGAGGCAUUUAGGUUGCCUUUGACCGUGCAGAAACGAAAGCCCGUCGAAGCAAUUCCCUCGAAAUACAAAGGCAGAACGGUGAUAAGAGUUGGUUCUUAUAACAUGCUUAGCUUCACAAAGCAGAAAGCAAACAAUCCUGGUGUCAGAGAAGUCAUUUGUAUGACUAUUUUGGAACACGGAAUAAGCAUUUUGGCCGCACAAGAGUUGGCCGAAGAAGGAGCUUUAGAAAUGAUACGAGAUGAGCUAAACAAUCCAACGACACCAAAUCUCAAGCGCUGGACAGGACAUCGCGGAAAAUGGGAAUGCGUGACGUCCGAGGUCGCGGGCAGGAUGUACAGAGCAUCCGAACGCAAUGGCUUUCUCUGGGAUACUAGCCGUAAGAUUGAACUGAAAGAUCAUGGUUUAUUGGAGAGAAAACAACGGAGAAGAGGGGAAAAGAAAGAUUUUGCACGAAAACCAUUCAUCGGAUAUUUCAAGGCUUACAGAUUUGAUUUUGUUAUGCUCAGCGUUCAUUUAAAGGCAACAGGACUUGAAAAUGAAGAUAUCGAACGAUUACAGGGUGAGAUCGACACCAUACCAAAUAUAUUCGAGGCGAUCUGUGAAAGCAUGCCAGGAGAAGACGAUAUUAUGGUUGCUGGUGAUUUUAAUCUUACGCCAACCGAUGAAUCGUUCGAUGAUUUCCGCGACGCUAAAUUUGUGAACGCUAUUCAAGAUGGUACACACACCAACAUCAGUCCGACAAACCUCGAAGGCUCGAUGACGUACGACAACAUCUGGAUUAAACAAUCUGGGAGAGCUGAUAGACAAGAGUAUACCGGACGUUCUGGUGUUUGUCGUGAGGGUCAAACCCAUCAAUGGAUUCCCAGUAACAGCAGUAAGAGUGUACCAGGAGUGCCAUCUGACCACUGCAUGAUCUGGGCCGAGUUUUUCUACGGCAGAGAUUAUGAUGAAUACGAUGAAGAUGACCUGAGUUUGGGGAAAUCGAAACGAUACAAGAUGGGAGACAGCGGUGAUGAAGACGAUUCUUAGUUAAAUCGUUUUUAAAAGAAAAACAUGUUUUAUUUUUUUAAGUUAGUUUCUUCUAUUGUUUGAUCUUUAGAAAGAAAAUCUUGCGGUUCCUCAUUCUAUAUGAAAGGCCUACAAUUAAACCUUUUCACCUCGUUCUAA